AUGACCCCCUGGGACCCUGGGGGAAACGCACCAGGCUGCACCGAGAGAGCCAGCCGGUGGACAGGAGCUGCCCGGUCCAACUCCUUCACCAUGGAGCAGAUGGCUGGGCACGUCCCCUGUGAACACUUUGAUGCCAACAUGCUGGCCCAGCGUCUUUGUCAAAACUGCUUCUAUCCUGAGGAGGCCCACCGAGCUGGACAUCAGGGCUCUGGCCAGGCUCUGGCCUCGGCCCUGGGCUGCAUGGUCCCCAGGGAGCCCCGGGUCCGGCCCCCGCCCGCCCGCCGCCUCUCAGGUUUCCGCUGCCUCUGCCUUCGCCACCGUGGCCUGGAGUCGGGGCCUGGGAGGGCGGCAGCCUGGGGGCCGGAGCCGGAGCCCCCCGGGGACGAGGGUGCUGACAGCCGCCAGCCGCCACCACGGGAGCCCGCUGCCCAGGGGCCCGAUGGACGGCCGGCCCCCGGGAAGUGUGAGAUCCUGGAGGAGAUGUCUUUCCAGGAGCCCUCGAGCCCGCCGAGUGCAGAGGCGCCCUACUGCGAGCUGCCCCGCCGCCUGCCUGCACCCCAGCAUUCGCUCUGUGCCUCGACCUCCAGCUGCCAGUCCACGGUGGGCCCAGACCUCGGGCCAGAGCCCAGGAGGGGCCCACAGUCAGGGCUCUGUGAAGAGGGGCUCCCAGCUGACCCCAGGAGCAGUAGCGCGGAGGCCCAGGCAGAGCCCUUCGUGGGAUGUCUGACCUCUUCCCCGAGUGGCAGCUGUGACGAGGACCCCAGCUCUGGCACCAGCUCCGGUCCUGACGGUGACACCCCUGAUGAGACCAGCAGCUCGUCCUCUGUGGACUGGGACACUGUCGAGAGAGAGGAGGGAGCCUCCUGCUCAGACGAGCUCCUCGUGAUGAUCCCCAGGAGGUCCCCGGAGGGGCCGAGGGCUGACAGCGGCCGAAGGGCCCCAUCUGUCACCAGGCCUCCUGUGGGGGGCGACUCUGCCAGCCCGAAGAAGGAAGAUGAGGCUCCCAAUGUUGACAUUUGCCAGGACCUUUGCAAACAGGCCAGGCCAGGAAGGUUCAACAUGCACACCGGCUGCCUUAAAGAGGGCAUUGAUUUUAUCCUCCGUGACGGUCACCUCAUCGUCGUGCAGGAUGAGGGCCGAGUAGAUGCAGGCGAGCUCAGAGAUGGAGGCCAUAACACCAGCUCCGGACGACAGCACUGGGCGAAGCUCCGGGGAGAAAGCGGGAACUUCCCCCUGGAGAAGAUCCGCUCGGUGCCAACCCAGGCUCCCUCCACCCCUCAGAGUGGACCUCGAAGUGCCACCUUCUCCCAGGCUUCCCUCCCCCAGCGCACUGCCCAGCGGGAUGUUGCCCAGGCUUCUGCUCCACAACGGGAGACCCUCCGAGCCUCGUCUCCUGCUCGAGUCACCCAGCGGGACACCCCGAGAGCCUCAGCCACUCCACAGGACACCCCUAGAGCCUCCUCUCCUUCCAGAACCAGCCGGCGGGACAAUCCCAGGGCCUCUUCCACCCAGAGAAACAAUCCUCACGUUUCUUCUCCCUCCAGGAUCACCCAACAAGAGAAUGCCAGAACCUCUUCAACUCGUCAGAAUAACCCCCGAAAUCCUUCUCCUGCUCGUAACCCCCAACGGGACAACUCUAGAACUUCCUAUGCCCAAAGGGAUAAUCUCAGAGCCACCUCACCCAACCGAACCACCCAGAGGGAUGAUAGCAGGACAUCCUGUACCCAGAGAGAUAAUCCCAGAACGUCUUCUCCCAGCCGGACCACCCAGAGGGAUGAUCUCAGAGCAUCCUGUACCCAAAGAGACAACCCCAGAACCUCUUCUCCCACCCGAACCACCCAGCGGGACAACCCCAGAACCUCUUCUCCCACCCGAACCACCCAACGGGACAACCCUAGAACCUCUUGUAUCCAAAGAGACAAUCCCAGAACCUCUUCUCCGAGCCAUGCCUCCCAGCGAGACAACCCCAGAGCUUCUUGUACCCAACAGAACAGCCUCAGACCUUCUGCCCCACGAGACAACCCUAAAACCUCUUGCCCUCCACGAGAUAACCCCAGAACAUCUGGGACCCCGCGGGACAAGCCACACUGCUCUCCCACACCCCAGAGUAACCCACACUCAUCUUCCUCCAAGCGGGACAACCCUGGCACCUCCUCCCCUCGGUGCUGCCCCCAACAGGACAACCCCGGACCGGCCUCCCCCCAUCGGUCUGCUCAACGAAACAAUCCCAGGACUUCCAAUCCCAGGAACUCCUCGCCACACCGGACCAACAAAGACAUCCCCUGGGCUGCCUUCCCCCUCCGGCCGACGCAGAGCGAUGGAGGCCGGACCUCCUCACCGUCUCGCGCCAAGCAGAGUGAGGUGCCCUGGGCGUCCAUUGCCCUUCGGCCGACCCAAGGGGACAGGCCUCAGACCUCUUCUCCCUCCAGAGCAGCCCAGCAGGAUCCAGGCCAGGCCUCCUCUGGCCCUGCACAGCACAGCUCCCCAGCUCGGGCCACCUCUUCUGCCCAUAACCCGGGACUCCACGGUGGCUCUCGGACUUCCUCUCCUCUGUACCCCCUUAGCCGAGCUGCAUCGCAGACCUCCGAACCCCCCCAGCCUUUGUGUGCCGUGUGCAUCGGGCACCGGGACGCCCCUCGGGCCUCUUCACCACCUCGCUAUCUGCAACAUGACCCCUUCCCCUUCUUCCCCGACCCCCGUGCAGCUGAGAGUGAGUCUGUCCACCAUGAGCUCCCCUAUAUGCCACCUGCCGUAUGCAUCGGACACCGGGAUGCCCCCCGGGCUUCCUCGCCUCCCCGCCAUGCCCAGUUUGACCCUUUCCCCUUCCUUCCAGACACAUCUGAUACUGAGAAUCAGUCCCCCCAGCAUGAUCCACCCCAGUUCCCCCCACUCGUGUGUAUUGGGUACCGCGAUGCCCCCCGGGCCUCCUCCCCACCUCGCCAGGCCCCAGAGCCCUCCCUCUUGUUCCAGGACUUCCCCAGGGCCAGCACCGAGAGCCUAGUUCCCUCCACUGACUCUCUGCACGAGCCCCCCCAUAUCCCCACCCCUGUGUGCAUCGGGCACCGGGACGCACCCUACUUCUCAUCCCCCCCACGCCAGGCCCCCGAGCCCUCUCUGUUUUUCCAGGACCCCCCUGGGGCCAGUCUGGAAAGUCUGGCCCCUUCCACUGACUCUCUGCACGGUGCCCUCAUGCUGCCUCCACACGUGUGCAUUGGGCACCGGGAUGCGCCCCGGGCCUCCUCCCCACCUCGCCACCCACCCAGUGACCUGGCGCUCCUGGCCCUCUCACCUCCACCGUGCAGCUCGGGGGGCUCUCGGGGCUCAGUGCCCCCGGGGGAGACCAGGCACAACUUGGAGAGGGAGGAGUACACCGUGCUGGCCGACCUGCCCCCGCCCAGGAGGCUGGCACAGAGGGAGCCAGGGCCCCAGGCGCAGGGCAGCAACGGGGGCCGAACCCGCAGCCCUGGCCGAGCAGAGGUGGAGCGCCUCUUCGGGCAAGAGCGCAGGAAGUCCGAGGCACCAGGGGCCUUCCAGGCCCGAGACGAGGGGCAGUCGCAGAGGCCCGGCCAAGGUCAGAGCCAGCUUCUCCGAAGACAGUCCAGCCCUGCCCUCAGCAGGGAGGUGACCAAGCCCCCUCCGAAGCAGGCAGAACCAGCCAGGCGCAGCCGAGCAGAAGCCCCUCCUGCCAGGAGCCCCCAGAGACGCCCCGAGGGAGACCGUCGGCUCCAGGGGUCCUCACAGCCCCCCAGGACGUCAGCCAGAACUUCUGAGAUGGAUCGAAGGACAGAAAGACCUCCUAAGAGUGGCCAUGCAGGCCUGAAGCAGCCUCUAGGGGGCUGGCAAAGCCAGGAAGAGCUUCUGGGGUCCCAGGGCCCUCACAGACACCCAGAGAGGGACUGGAGCAGCCAGGAGGAGGAGGCUCCAGGUCCUGGGGGCUGGUCAGGACUUGGGGAGUCCUCUUUGGGGGCCUCCAGGGCCUCUGAGGGAACAUGCAGGGGUCCUCCCAAGGAAUCUGAGAGCUGGGGGCGGCAGUCAGAGGUAAGGGAGGGUCUCCCCAGUAAUGGGCUGCAAAAACCCCCCGAGAGGUCAGGCCAGAGGGGCUGGGGCAGUCUACCAGAGCUGGCCAGCUCCCACCCAGCCGUGAGCCCCCCGGAGACUCCUGGCGCUGAGGGCUGGCGGGCAGAGGGUGCAGACCCCCACUCGCGAGGUCCUGAGAGGCGGCCUGACUUUGACUGGAGGGACCUGGUGAGUCUGCUCCAGGUUCCCAGAGAGGGGGCCUGGGCCCGCCUGGCCGAGCUGCCCCUUGCAGCCCAUCUGCCCCGGCUGGCCUGGGAAGGCCUUUUGGAGCUCCUGCAGGCCCGGCUACCCCACAGGGACACCACUGGGCACUGGGGUGGCCCAGCCAAGUCUUCAGGGCCAGAGGUGGGUCCCGCAGGACCAAAAGAUGUCCCGGAGCCAGAGCCACACAGCCAGCCUGAUGCCUGGACCGAAGCCACCUUAGUCAACGGACACAGCCCUGAGCAGUGGCCCCAGAGCCCGGCCCAGCCGCCCAGCCCUGCCUGUACCUCCACCCAGUGGCCAAAGACCAAAGUGACCAGUGGACCAGAAAGCUUGACAGUAGCAGGUCUGGAGGAGCAGAGUCAGCUGGAGAAGACAAGCUUUGAGGAGGACCCUGGGUCGCCGGAGCAGAAGUUCCAGCCAGCGGAGCCUGAAGAGUCAGAACCAAGCAGAAGCCAAGACUCACUGAGUGACCAGAAGCAGGCAGACUCGGCAGACAAGAGGCCAGCAGAGGGCAAGGCUGGGAGCCCACUCAAGGGCCGACUGGUGACCUCAUGGCGGAUGCCCGGGGACCGGCCCACGCUGUUCAAUCCGUACCUGCUGUCUUUGGGGGUCCUCAGUUGGCAAAGGCCCGAUCUGCUCAACUUCAAGAAGGGAUGGAUGUCCAUCUUGGACGAGCCUGGAGAGUGGAAGAAGCACUGGUUUGUGCUGACGGAUUCGAGCCUCAAGUAUUACAGGGACUCCACCGCUGAGGAGGCGGAUGAGCUGGACGGUGAGAUUGACCUGCGCUCCUGCACUGACGUCACGGAGUACGCGGUGCAGCGCAACUAUGGCUUCCAGAUCCACACCAAAGACGCCGUCUACACCUUGUCAGCCAUGACCUCGGGCAUCCGACGGAACUGGAUUGAAGCUCUGAGGAAGACUGUGCGGCCAACUUCAGCCCCAGAUGUUACCAAGCUGUCGGACUGCAAUAAGGAGAACGCGCUGCACGCCCAUGGCUCCCACAAGGGCUCACUGAAGGCGGGAGAGCAGCGGCCGGGCUCCGAGAUCAUCACCCGGAGCAGCUCGCGGAAGGCCGACGGGCAGCGGCAGGACUAUGUGGAGCUGUCACCCCUGACCCAGGGCUUCCCGCAGCGGGCCCGCCCUUCGGCCCGCACCUCAGACCGCGCGGCCAAGCAGGAGGAGCUGGAGCGGGACCUGGCCCAGCGCUCCGAGGAACGGCGCAAGUGGUUCGAGGCCACGGACAGCAGGGCUGCGGAGACGCCGGCUGGCGAGGGGCCUCGCCGAGGCCUGGGCGCCCCGCUGACCGAGGACCAGCAGAGCCGGCUCAGCGAGGAGAUCGAGAAGAAGUGGCAGGAGCUGGAGAAACUGCCCCUGCGGGAGGACAAGCGGGUGCCACUGGCCGCUCUACUCAACCACAGCCGUGGUGAGCGCAAGGGGCCUUCCACCGACCACCACGAAGCUCUGGAGAAGGAGGUCCAAUGUCUUCGUGCCCAGCUGGAGGCUUGUCGACUCCGAGGGGAGACUGCUCCCGAUGCACCCAAGUCCCAGGAGGAUGGCCACAUCCCCCCUGGGUACAUCUCUCAGGAGGCGUGUGAGCGCAGCCUGGCCGAGAUGGAGUCCUCCCACCAGCAAGUGAUGGAGGAGCUGCAGCGGCACCACGAGCGGGAGCUGCAGCGACUGCAGCAGGAGAAGGAGUGGCUCCUGGCUGAGGAGACAGCAGCCACGGCCUCAGCCAUUGAAGCCAUGAAGAAAGCCUACCAAGAAGAGCUGAGCCGGGAGCUGAACAAGACACGGAGUCUCCAGCAGGGCCCAGAUGGCCUCCGGAAGAAGCACCAGUCAGACGUGGAGGCCCUGAAGCGGGAGCUGCAGGUGCUGUCAGAGCAGUACUUGCAGAAGUGCCUGGAGAUCGAGGCCCUGACCCACCAGGCUGAGGAGCGGGAGCAUACGCUGAGAUGCUGUCAACAGGAGGGCCAGGAUCAGCUGCGUCACAAUCAGGAGCUGCACACCUGCCUGCUGGAGGAGAUUGGCCGGCUGCGUAACUUCAUUGCAUCACAGGGCACAGACAACAGCUGUGGGCGCAGCGAGCGGAGCUCCUGUGAGCUGGAGGUGCUGCUGCGGGUGAAGGAGAAUGAGCUUCAGUAUCUGAAGAAGGAGGUGCAGUGCCUUCGGGAUGAGCUCCAGAUGAUCCAGAAGGACAAGCGCUUCACCUCGGGAAAGUACCAGGACAUGUACGUGGAGUUGAGUCACAUCAAGACACGGUCAGAGCAGGAGAUCGAACACCUGAAGGAGCACCUCCGCCUGGCCAUGGCGGCCCUGCAGGAGAAAGAGUCGAUGCGCAAUAGCCUGGCCGAGUAG